UAAGGAGCUAGCUCUGUUUUUCGUUCAAUUAAGAAAUUUUUAAUGGAAAAUUAAGUAAAAAUGGACCACCAAAACUUUUUAAAUGCUCUCUUACAGUGGUUUGAUGCCCAAAAGGGCUGCAACGUACACUUUUUGUGUCCAACCUCGGAAAUUCCCGGCAAAAAGCUAAAAAUUGGAGCACACACAAAUAUUCUUGCCAUGGUCAGUGAGUAUUUCAAUGCAAUGUUCUAUGGAACAAUGGCUGUCGACACCGAGAAACCCAUCGAAGUACCCAUCGCGUUUUUACCUUUCAAAUUGUUGCUCAGCUUCAUCUACGGCAGAAAAGUUACAUUCGAUACAAUUGAAAUCGCUCGUGACUUUUACGAAGCAGCUGAUUUUUACAUUUGCAAAGAUGCAAUUGAGUACGGCAUGAAACAUUUCUUUAAGAUGCUUAAACCGGUGAAUGCGCUUGUAUGUUAUGAAAUGGGACACGUUUACAAUAACAAAAACUUGAAAGAUUCAGCAUGGAAGUUUAUUCGUCUUGACGAAAAAAUUCUAGAACGCCAAAAAUUCUUAGAAGCAUCGCCGGAAAUUGUCGUCGACAUAUUUCAAAAACAGGAAUCGUUGAAAGUCAGAUCGGACAAGGAGUUUGUUGUCGCACUUGAACACUAUAUAGAGUACAAUAAGACAUCUGAUCCGGAUAUUGCUGCCAAAAUUCGUCCAGCUAUUCAAAGAAUUUCGUUUUUAACGUUGACGCCAGACGAUAUUCGUGCCACUACACUUUUGACUGAGCCUGAAAAAACUGGAAUUCUUGCCAAUUUGGGAUCGAAUGAGGACAGUGAUUUGAUGCCGGAGGGGUUUUCAAAAUGUAUUGUAUCUAUGAAUUCAAUUCAUGAACUUACCAGAUCUCUCAUGGACUAUGUGGAUUCCAGCGAGGUGGACGAUGAUUCCUAUAACGAAGAUUCUGAGAUGGAAUAUUCGGAUGACAUCUAUUUUGAAGAACAUAAUACAGACUCUGGCGAUAAUAAUGAUGAGCCCCAUUGUCAAUACAUAGAUUAUGAUCAUUACAUAGACAUGCAUUUUGAAGAAGCAUGGGGUAUUAAUACAAAUUCAGAUGAAGACAUAGAAAAUGGGAGUAAUGCGUCUAAUUCCGACAAUGAAGACAUGACCCGUGGGGGUGAUGAUACAGAUGAAGGAAUGGCGAGUGAUACAAACGAAUAAAAUAUUAUUGAUCCACCAACUUUUAGUGCAAGGACCGCUAAUACUUGACUGAAAAUCUCUAAAAUGAUUACUUUUCCUUAGUUUAAACGGAAAAACUAAAACGAUUUUCAAGUCUUUGACGUCAAUCGAUUUAAAAUUAUUAAAAAUCACUUUAAAUUAUUAGUAAAAAUAGAAGAAAAAAUAUUUUAUAAGAAAUUUAUUUCCACAAUC